AUGGUGGAUGCUCUGUCAGUGGUCACUCUGGCCAUCUACGCGGCCCUUGUCCUCCCGGUCCUGUACCUUUUGGUUAGACAUGGACGCGAGGGCCUGCUCGGAUGGCUCUUCCUGUUCCUCUUCUGCACCCUCCGCAUCGUCGGCAGUGCCUUGGAAAUCAAGAGCUCCAGUUCUGCGGCCACCAUCAUUUCCAACGUGGGACUGUCGCCUCUUCUGUUUGCGACCAGCGGGAUCUUGCACGAAGCGAGAGCCCUGUUCGUUCGGAACCUCAACCAGAAGCAGGAAAUGGCUGGCGCCCUCCUGUUCCACAUCUUCGUGGCCGCCGGUGUCGCCCUCACUGCCGCCGGAUCCGCCAAAGUCCAGCAGAACCAGCAGCCCGACAAGGCCGAGGGUAUCAUGAAGGCUGGUAUUGUGAUUCUGUGCGCUGCCUGGGGAGGUCUCGUGGGAUACGCCGGAGCGUCCUACACCUCCCCGGUCAAGAAUGGCCGCGCUGCCCGUGCAGGCAAAUUGCUGCUUGCAUCGGUCUGCGUUGCUCUCGUCUUCAUUGGUGUCCGCAUGUGGUACAGCCUGGUUGCUCUGUGCACACAGAAGCCCUAUCUCAGCCCUAGCACCGGGUCUAUGCCCAUUCGAGUGGUGCUGGCUUUCUUGCCCGAGUUGAUUGCCGCGAUGAUUUUCGUGGUUGCAGGAUUUGUCACUCAGGGAUCGUCUCAAGUGGCGGAUGAUGAAUCCGAUCUGUCGGAGCCCCAGAAGCCUCUGCCCGAAGAGAUCUAA